GCUCUGCUCGCAGGCGGCUUCAUGCAGGCUGAGCGCGGGGCUAGGGGCGGCCGCGGGCGGCGGGGAGGCCGGGAGCGGCCCGGAGGGGACCGAGAGCCGGCCGGGGCAGCGACGGCGCUGGCGAGAGGAGGCGGCGGGGACGGAGGCGGCCGGCGGGGCCGAGGCCGGGGCUUCCGCCGAGGCCGAGGAGGUGGCGCACCGCGAGGCGGCCGCCGGGAGCCUGGAGGCCGGGGCGGCGGAGCCAGCACGCGGGUGGAAGACGACGAUUCAGAUACCUACGGAGAAGAGAAUGACGAGCAAGGAAAUUUUUCUAGAAGAAAGAUCGUCUCCAACUGGGAUCGCUAUCAAGACACUGAAAAGGAGGUCAAUGGUGAAAGUGGAGAAUCUCAGCGGGGCACAGACUUCAGCGUCCUCCUGAGCUCUGCAGGGGACUCCUUUUCACAGUUCCGAUUUGCUGAGGAGAAAGAAUGGGAUGGUGAAACUUCAUGUCCAAAACAGCAUUCAGCACUCUAUGUGGACAGUGAGUCACUGGUUCGAGCCCUUGAGCAGCUGCCUCUUGCAGUCCGGCUUAAUGUUGCUUCAGAGUUGAUCCAGACCACAAUUCCUUUAGAACUUCCACAGGUGAAACCAAGGAGAAACGAUGAUGGCAAGGAGCGGGGCAUGCAUUUCAGGGGACCCAUCUCUGAGCUCAGAUCUGCCUCUGGUGCCUGUGCCAGGUCUCUGAGCAGAGGCGGUCUAAGGCAAAGCCCUUUAGAAGGUUUGCAGAAAGCAUCUUCCCCACCCCACUCAGUGGCAGACCAUCUGGAAGAAGAACUGGAUGUGUUGCUGCAUUUAGAUGCGCCUGUGCAAGAGGAAGACAAUCUCUCUCUAGACCAGACAUCUCGGGACCAGGAACCAGAAACAGAUGGGCAGGUAGCCCAGGAGGAAACAGUUCCUGAAAAACCAUUUGUGACCAGAGAGAAGAAUGUGGCACCUGAGCAGCCAAGCACAUCGAAAAAUGUCACCGAGGAAGAGCUGGAGGACUGGCUGGACAGCAUGAUUUCCUGAAAGGGGGUGGGGGUGGGGUCAAAGGGGAAGAGUGCCUGAAGCAAAUGUUGGUUGCCUUCUAAGUGAGGACAGGCUCAUUUCCCAGCUACCCCGUGCUAACAUGUACUGUUACAUGCUAACAUGUACUGUUAAGCUUACAGCAGCCAACACCUACCUCUGUGUUUGAUGGCAUCUGAAUACAUGUAUGAGGCUUGUUUGGGGCUUCAUUUCUGUUGUUAUCUGGCUUAGUCAUCUAAUAGAUUUCAUUAAGGACAGGGGAUGUAACAGCUACAUUUUGAACCUCCUUCCUGUCAACAUUUACAGUGUAACAGGUGGUAUUUAAGGGAAUUAGUCUUAAGCCACAAGGCAUGCAGUUGCUCAAAAUAAACACCCUCUGGUCU